AUGAAUUGGAAAGCUGUUGCUAUUCUAAUUUUUGUUUUAAUAAGUCUUUCGAAUGCCGAGUUCAAUGCGGAUUUUGCCAACUUUGUUGAAAAUCAUUAUGGCAGAAAUUUCCUUGACGCACUUCAAAGAUACGAUCUUGGUGACAAUGGUUCAUUUGGUGGAAAAGAAGAAGCCAAUGAGACAAUUUCUCGCGAUCCUGUUAUUUUUGUUCAUGGCGUCUCAGAUGUCGCUGGUGGAAAAAUGCUCUCACUCGCAGCAAAAUACAGAAAACGAGGAUAUCAGAAUGGCGAGCUAUAUGCAACCACAUAUGCGGACGGAAAUCGAAAUAAUCCGCUAGCCUGGACGGAGUAUUCUAUGAAAUGUGAUCAUGUGAAGCAGAUUCGUACACUAAUUCUGGCAGUUCGGUAUUACACUUUAAGAGAUGUCGACAUUGUCGCUUUUUCAUUGGGAGUUCCAAUUGCAAGGAAAGCUAUAUUAGGAGGCGAAUGUAUUGACACAAGGGAAGAUUUGGGGAUUCCAUUAACUGCUUAUGUAGACACAUUUAUUGGAAUGGCAGGACCGAAUCAUGGUAUAUCCAUGCAGAUUGCUGGUAUCAGUAUUCCUGGUUGCGUUAUUGGCGCCAUACCGCUCUUGCCAAUUUGCAGUAAAGUAAUUGGUCUCUACUCGGGAUUCUGCCCAACUGAGAGUCAAUUUCUUGAGGAUAUCAAUGAAAAAGAACACUAUGAAGGAAAGUUUGUCUACUCAAUUUAUAGCAAAACCGAUAACUGGAUUGGCUACGAAGUUUGUGGAAAGGUAACGGCUGGAAUACCCGGAGAAGAUGGUCAUCGAGCAUUUAACAAAAUGAGUCAUGACGAGGUUGCUGAAAAUACAUAUGACAUGCAAAUUCAAAUGAUUCAACCAUCCAAUCAUGUUGAGUUCAAUCAUCCUAGUAUACUACCAGCUUAUGCGGACAACUUCAGGCAUGAAAAGGCUGCCUCAAAACUCAAGCAGCAUUAUGUCACCAAAGAGCGCCUACCGACUUAUCUGAUCCCUUCGAGCUACGAUAUUUAUAUCAAACCAUUCUUCCCAGCCGACGGUGUUAAAUAUGAUGAACCAGACUUCACCUUCCACGGAAGUGUCGAAAUCAAGGCAAAAUCUUACAAGACCAGUGAUCGUUUAAUUCUCAACGCGUACAAUUUCACAAUUCUCAACUAUAUCGUGUUCAGAUCGGAUAAUACUGAACUUCCAAUUCUGUCAACAUCUCAGGACGAUUCGAAACAGCAAUUGUCAUUGAUAACCGAGCCAAAUGGUGUAGUGUCCGGCGAGGAAUAUCGUAUCCAAAUCACUUAUAAAGGAUUCAUUAAUAAUUACUUGGACGGUGGAGUUUUCUAUACAUCUUAUGUUGAUCCGCAAGGGGCUAUACACUAUAUGAUUGCAACUCACAUGGAGCCAUUUUCGGCGAGAAAAGUGUUCCCAGGUUUUGAUGAGCCGGCAUUCAAAGCGACAUUUUCGAUUCGAUUGGAAUACCCAAGUUCACAAGUGGCUUUGAGUAAUAUGAAAGAAGGAGAGCCUGAAAUUUUAAAAGAUGGUUGGUCACUUAUUACAUUUCCUACAACUCCUGUCAUGUCGUCCUACCUUGUUGCAUUCGCUGUGGGACCAUAUGUUUCAGCGACAUAUUUGAACAGGCACAAUACAACGACAAGAGCUUGGGGAUGGACGGGAACCGAGCAAUACCUAGAAUUUGCAGCUCAAAAUGCUGGCGAAUGUCUUUACCAAUUGGGUGAAUACACUGGAAUCAAAUUCCCUCUUGAAAAAGCUGAUCAACUUGGCCUUCCAGAAUUUCCUGCAGGAGCUAUGGAAAAUUGGGGACUUAUAAUUUACAAAUACCAAUACAUUGCAUACAAUCCACAGACAAUGACUACUCAAAAUCUUGAAGCUGCUGCAAAAGUCAUGUGUCAUGAACUGGCUCAUCAAUGGUUUGGCGAUUUGGUUACAACCAAGUGGUGGGAUGAUCUAUUUCUCAAUGAAGGAUUUGCCGACUAUUUUAUGACAUUUAUUCAAAAAUCGGUGUACCCGGAACAAGAAACCUAUUUAGAUACUUUGCAAGUACUUAAUGAGCUUCAAGUUGGAUUGGAAGCCGAUGUUAGUUCUAAUGCGCAUCCACUGGUCUAUCCGGACGGUCCUGCUUUCGAUGAUAUCACCUAUAAUAAAGGUGCUUCACUUCUUCGAAUGCUCUCUGACGUCUUGACACCAGAAAUUUUUCGCACCGGUCUUCAAAAUUAUCUGCUAGAAAUGUCAUAUUCAAAUGCGGUCGAUGAAGAUCUAUUUUCAUUUUUAACUGAAGCGGCAAAGCAAGCUGAAAUGCGGGAUUGGUGUGAUAAUCCGUUCAAUGUUUCCGGUUUCAUGCAACCAUAUAUUCACCAAACAAAUUUUCCACUUAUUCGUUACUUCAACAAUGACCCGACCAGCGGUGCAAAAUUCUAUCAAGAGCCGUUUGCAGAUAUUACAAAUUUGACAAAGUCGUCCUAUAACUAUACUUGGGUUGUGCCAUUGAAGGUUUCUUAUCUGCAUAAUCCAUAUCCUGAAAUUCAUUACCUAUUCACAGAAUGUCCUCCAACACCUGACCCAAACGAGUUAGUCCGAGCAGUACAAUGGUCUUUGGCUUCAAUUACAUCAGCUACAUAUGGACGCAUUAUAUACGAUGAUAUUGGAUUUGAUCGUCUUGUUAAGAGCAUCAAAGCAAAUGACAUUAGUGAUAAUUUGAAGCUGACGGUUUUGGCGGAUGAGGUUCACUACUUGAAUCGCGAAAAAGCGGCUGGUCGCUCAUACACUUAUACUCGAUUCCUUUCAUUGGCAUUAGCAAUUUUCAACACAAACUCCUCAAUUCAUACGCCAAGCUAUUCCGUGUUCAAAUACGCUCAACCAACUCUUGAGUUUGUUGCCAGCAUUCAUCGAGAUCAAAUGGACGCACCUUUGAUUCAAAGAAUGUACAAGAAAAUGUUUGGAAAAAUCUAUGAGCAACUUAUCUGGGCUGACACACAAAAAUGGGAUAUUGAUACAUUUGCUGACGACUUUCUGGUUUGGGCUGUUCGAUAUGAUCUUGGAGAUGUUCGUCAGAGAACAAUGGAAAUGUUUAACAAUGUCAAAUUAUCAUGUCGUAAUAGUUUGAAUGGAACAGCAUCAUGCAAUCCAUACACAACAAACCUGCAUCGAGCAAUCUAUUGCGGAGCUGCAAAAUACGCUCCUGAAACUAGUGACUAUUUCUUCCAGCUUAUUCGUUUUUACAAUAUGGAAGUUGUGGCAAAUCCGUAUUUCUACCAAGAAUAUAUGGCAUUGCUUGAAGGAAUGUCUUGCACGCAAAGUCCUGGAACACUUGCAAUAUUGCUUCGCCUUUACACAACAUCUACAUUGAAUCAGAGAACAUUAUUCACAUUUUUGAAAUAUAAUUUGCCUGCUUCCGAUGCUAUGUACACAUUUUUGCAAAAUAAUCCAACAAUAAUUAACAGUAUUGAUCUUGAUGCUUAUGUUGAUGCCAUGACAUACAAUUGGAACAGUUUUGAAAGAGAAUCACAGUUUAGCAACCUUUUCCAGGUGCUAAAUUUAAAUCCUGAACAAUACGAAAUAUUUGAUAAAUACAUGGAAAGAAUUACUGAAAAUUGGAAUUAUCGAAACACUCGCGGUCUUGCAAUUCUCAAUUGGUUAUAUGAUAACCUAGUGGUUAUUGGAAAUACACCGUGGCCUAAAGUGUUGGACGGAUCUGUCCGAGCCACCAAUUAUUCUUUGAAAAUUCAACCGUACAUCCCUGGAUCUGGCGACUAUGCGGAUUUCUUCAACAUGACAUUUUCGGCAACUUCGGUGAUCAACCUAGAAGUUAUCAAACCAAUUACCACAUUCUGCAUCAAUUCUCACCGAAUAUUUAUUGAAGACAGCGGCAUUCAAUUGUAUUCGACUGUUACUGGAACAGCAGAACUUAUUCCGACAAAAAGAGCGUAUAAAACGUACGAUGAAGGAGUUUUGUGCAUCCCGCUUGACAAUGUGAGAUUAUCGCCAUCGACCAAUUAUUAUGUCCAAUUUACUUAUAUGGGUUUCAUUUUUGCAAAUCCUGAUGAAGGACCUGCCAUCAACUAUAAUUACUAUACAUUCAAUGGAAAUAAAGGAUGGAUUUUCACGACUGAUUUCGAAGGGGGACCUGGAGCUCGAUCACUUUUACCAUGUUUUGAUGAGCCGACAUACAAAUCCUCUUUCAACAUCACUGUCACGCAUCCAACUGACACCGUUGCUCUUUCAAAUAAUAUUGAAGAAAGUUCAAUUAUUUUGAGAAAUGGAUGGACUACAACGAAAUUCCAAAGAACCGAAAUAAUGUCAACUUAUCUGCUUGCCAUUUGUGUCGGCCAUUUUUCGAACAUCGCGAAAACAAGCUCAAAUGGUCAUCUUGUUCGAUUGUGGUCGUGGACGGGAAUGGAACAAUUCGGAGAGUUUGCAUUGAAUGUCAGUUCUGCAACAUUGGACUUUAUGGAAAAAACUUUCCAUAUUCCAUAUGCAUUGGACAAAUUGGAUAUUAUGGCUCUUCCGCAAUAUACCACGAAUGCAGGGGCAAUGGAAAAUUAUGGUUUGAUCAUUGGUGAAUACAAUGCCUAUCUAUUAGAUCCGGAUUAUGCAACGACUUCUCAACUUAUGGAAAUCGCUGAGACAUCUGCUCAUGAAGUUGUUCAUCAGUGGUUUGGCGACAUGGUGACAAUGGAUUGGUGGAGUGAUAUUUUCCUAAAUGAAGGUUUUGCGCAGUAUUGGUUUGCAAAUGGAAUCCUCUAUGCGUAUCCUCAGCAACAAGAAUAUUCAUUAGACUAUAACAGAUUCUUAAUCAAGAGAUUGGCUCUAAUGAUUGAUUGUAUCCCUGGAAUGGCUAAACCUGUCAUUAGUAAUACGCCGCCAAUUUUUGGAGCCGAACCAUAUUACAAAGGAAGCUCUCUAUUUGACACAUUGUCUAAUCUUUUAACUGAAGAGGUGUUUAUUGAUGGACUCAGAAGCUACUUGUACGACAAUGCAUAUUCUAAUGCAAGCCCCAAUGAUUUGUGGAAAGCUCUCACUGAAGCAGCUCAAAGAAGCAAUGUCCUUGGACCUGACGGGCAACCGAUCGAUAUUGGUGUAUUUAUGCAGCCAUAUACUUUAAACACGUCAUUCCCAAUUCUUGAAAUUUCGCAAGCUGAGCCAAAUCAAUUUAAAACACGACAAAGAUCCUGCAUGAACAACGGAGUUCAGUGGGCGAUUCCUGUGCUAACUCAAAACGCUACGAAUAGUGUAAUGAAUUGGUUUGUUGGAGAAACAGGAGGUAAUGACGAUAUUUGGAUAAGAAAUGCUCCGACGACCUUUAGAAUUGACAACGCUGCGGAAUUUGCAUUUACCCGAGUAAACUAUGACGAUCAAUCUUGGAGCUACAUUCUUGAUCAGCUUGCUACUGAUCCAAACCAACUGCAAAUUAAAACACGCGCAAUGCUGUUUGACGAUGCUUUCUAUUUUUACCAAAACGGAGUGUACUCAACCGAGAAAAUGCUUAAUCUUACUCUCUCUCUCACUAAUGAAAACAGCUUGGCCGUUUGGGAGAUGGCUUAUGAGAUUUUGAAUUACUUUUCAAAUCGUUUCCGCUAUCAGAGCACAUUUGAUAAUAUUAAUAACUUUGUUCGUCAAGUUACUCAACCGGCUUUUGAGAGAUUUGGAUUCCUUCAAACCGAAUCUUGGGCGACAAAACGCGCUGCUAAAUAUGUGACCGAAUUGAAUUGUUUGUCUGGUGGGCCCAACUGCACUGACUAUGCUUUGGAACACUUCAGACAUUUUAUUCGACGAUGUGACCAAUCGACAUCAGGAACCGGAAAAUGCUCAGGAAUUGAUCCAGAUUAUCGCUUCAUUUCUUACUGUAUGGGAAUGAUAGAUGAAGAUCUCGCAACCACGUCAAACAUCCAAACCAUGAUCGAUAUGUUUAACUAUUUUUGGACAGGGCAUACAUAUAUGUCUAAUGAUCAGGAUAAUCUUUUGAAUGGAUUGGGAUGCCUACAAUCGCAAUUUUCUCUUGAUAAUUUAAUUUCAUUUGCGGUUAACGGAAUUUGGCCAAAAGAGACCCUAAUGUACAUUAUGAAGAAUAGUUAUACUGAUGGCAAUGUGCUUUACAACUAUUUAUACUCUUAUUUACCUGAUGUUCAAAAUAGUCCAAUUGAAUUUAGUUAUUACAUCAACCAAAUGAUAACAAAUUGGAGUACCCAAGAGCAACUGGAGAAGUUGACUGAUGCAGUUCACACACUUUUCUUUGAAGAAUUGAGCCCGGCGCAACAAAAAGUUUGGAUGAGUGCCAUCGACACUGUGAAAGCCAACAACGAUUGGAUAAAGAAUAAUCAAGAUGCUGUAAUGAUUUGGAUCGAGAAAAAUUUCGGAGCAGUCAACAGGAUUUAA